CUUUAGUUCCUCCUAACUUAGUUUUCCAGUCGGUGUGUUUUUGAAGACGCACUUGGCUCGUUCGAGCAAACAAACAAAACCGGCCAGGUGUCAUUAUGGAGUUUGCAGAGCUGAUCAAGACGCCCAGAGUGGAUGGUGUGGUCCUUCAUCGGCCUUUUAUGCCCACCGUGGAGGGCACUUUAUGUCUGACGGGACAUCACCUCAUUCUGUCCUCCAGGCAGGACAAUGCAGAGGAGCUGUGGUUACUUCAUGCCAAUAUUGACUCCAUAGAGAAAAAGUUUAUUGGCUCCCUGGGCAGAAUCAUUGUAAAGUGUAAAGACCUGAGAGUGAUCCAGCUGGACAUUCCUGGUAUGGAGGAGUGCCUCAACAUCGUCAGUUCCACUGAGGCUCUGUCCACGCUGGAUUCUGUGUCCCUGAUGUACCCUUUCUUCUACCGGCCCAUGUUUGAGGUCAUAGACGAUGGAUGGUAUUGUUUUAGACCACAAGAUGCCUUUAAGGACCUCGAGUCUAUGACGGAUGAAUGGAGGCUCAGUGAAGUCAACAAUGACUUUAGUGUGUGCCCCUCCUACCCUCCCCUUGUUGCCGUGCCCAAGGGUAUCGAUGAUGACGCCCUGAGAAAAAUAGCAACGUUUCGUUACGCCGGCCGCUUCCCCGUGCUCAGCUAUUACCACAAGAAGAAUGGCAUGGUGAUGAUGCGAGCAUCUCAACCUCUAACGGGCACUAACGGGCGGCGGUGCAAGGAAGAUGAGAAACUUAUCAAUGCCACCCUGAGGCCUGGGAAACGUGGCUAUGUUAUAGACACCCGUGCCAUCAACUUGGCCCAGCAGGCUAAAGCUAAAGGUGGAGGCUUUGAGUCUGAGGCAAAUUACCCCCAGUGGCGGAGGAUCCAUAAGGCCAUUGAGAGAUCCAACGUGCUGCAGGAGAGCCUCAUCAAGCUGGUGGAGGCGUGCAACGACCAGUCCCACAACAUGGACCGCUGGCUCAGUAAGCUGGAGGCAUCCAGCUGGCUGGCCCACAUCAAGGAGAUCCUAACCACGGCCUGUUUGGCGGCCCAGUGCAUCGAUAGGGAGGGAGCGUCUGUACUUGUCCACGGAACAGAAGGCACAGACUCUACACUGCAGGUCACCUCCUUGGCUCAGAUCAUUCUGGAUCCAGCCUGCAGGACGAUCAGAGGCUUCCAAGGCUUGGUGGAGCGUGAGUGGCUCCAGGCGGGUCACCCGUUCCAGCAGCGUUGUGCACAGUCGGUCUAUUCAAGUGGCAAACUUCGCCAGGAGGCUCCCGUCUUCCUCCUCUUCUUGGACUGCGUGUGGCAGAUCCUCCGGCAGUUUCCGUGCUCCUUUGAGUUCGGCGAGAGCUUCCUGCUGCUGCUUUUUGAGCACGCCUACGCUUCGCAGUUUGGUACUUUUCUGGGCAACAGUGCUGCGGAGAGGUCGAAACUGUUGGUGCCUGAGAAAACGGUCUCCCUGUGGUCAUGGGUGAACCGGCCCCAGGAGCUUGAGCGCCUUACCAACCCGCUCUAUGAGGCCAACAGCCUUGUCAUCUGGCCCUCGGUGGCCCCUCAGAGUCUGCUGCUGUGGGAGGGAGUCUUUCUCCGAUGGAACCGCUCGUCCAAGUGUUUAGACGAGGCCUACGAGGAGAUGGUGCACAUCAUCGAGUACAACAAGGAGCUGCAGAACCGAGUCAACCUCCUACGCAGGCAGCUGGCCCAGCUGGAAACCGAAGAUCCUCUGCUGCAAACACCCUAGAACCAGCACAAAAGAGGUGAAAAAGGUAGAAAACCGAUCUGCAGACUGGUUUGAUUGAUUUCAAAUAUGAGGGAUUGAAUUGUUUUUUUUAUGUUUACAUCACAUAGUUGCACAUGCCUAAAUCUUUUGUCGCCAAAAUACACUGUGGACACACAUAUUAAUAGAUACUUCUUAAUCAACUUUUCUCCACUGUAGGUAGGUGUACAAAUACUUUUGCCCAUAUGACAUACAUAUCUUCUGUCCCACCGAAUGUAUACGCAGCUAAAGCACCGCACAGGUAACUAUGGCAACAAAUAAGAGCGCCGUAAGGCACGUGGCUUUCCUGCACGUUGCUGUGGCACCAUGAGCGUAGGUGGAACUGACCAGUCGUACUGGUUAUUAGAAUAUUUAUCACAAGCACUACUUUGCUUUGCAGUAAAUUGAAACCGGGCAGCGUUAUGCACCUUGCGAGUAAUAUCCAGUACAUGAGCUGUCAUCAUCUGCUCAGUUUUUGUAUUACUUUUGACAAGGUGUUUAUAAUUGGAUACAAGAUAUGUAGCUUUUGUAUUGGAUCACAUUGUUUACUUUAUAGUGUAUAGUGAGCGUACAAUACUAAUGCAUUAAUUAAUUAAUUUUUGCAUUAGUGCAUACAUUUUCAGAAAACACAAAAAACUUCACCAAAAGUGUAACAUGUCACAUUCAUUGAUUAUUUCAUUCAAAAAGGAUGUAACAAAGUAUGGCUAUUGGCAUAGUAUUAACACUGUGUUUAAAUUAUGUAACUUAAGAGAAAUAAAUGAUUUCAGCAGUUUUUUUAACAUGCCUUUGUGACUUAAAGGGGAGCUGUGUUUUUUUAUUUAUUUUGUAUAACAUUAACAAUCAUUACGAAAGACAUGAAGACGCAUGUAUUUUUUUUAUGCACUCAAAAUAGUAAAUAAGUCUGCUUUUAUUUACUCCAUUUACAUUUCGUGACUUGAUAUUUACCAAGUAUUAGUGAUAUUGUUAUUAUAAGCCCGAACGCAGACCAACUAUUUAUAAAGACGCCAUGAUCACAAGCUUGUGUGCCAAUGUUGAUCGACUGAUAAGCUGCUUCCCCUUUUCUCUGCUCGUCAAACUUUAUUUUAGAUCAUUAAAACCUGGAUAGUAGUAGGACAAGGACGUAUUCAGACAAGUUGGUACACUUUGACAGCCAAUUUAGACCUGGUAAAAGACGCUUGGUUUCACCCCCCUUUUCUCACUAGGUUUAUGAGUCAUUCUUUUAUAUCUAAAUGGGAAUAUAUGAACAUCCUAGCAGUCGGCAUUGUAAUGACAGCAGACCUUGUAAAGGAACUGAUUAUUUAAUAUGUUUGUUCACUCCCAUACAGUCUGUAGUGAGCUGUAUUCAGUGAUGUAGUUAAAAAAAAAAAAGUGAUGGGUUUGUUAAAUUAAUGUGCCGCCUAUGCUAAAAAUAAGAAUGGAGGUGCUUGAAUGUUUUUAAAGGCUUUAUAGGCAGAAUAGCGCAGCGCCCAUAGACUCCAUUGUAAGCGGACUUUUGAUCGCAUUUAUUUGCUAUUUUGAAUGCAUUAAAAAAGAACAUCCGUCGUCAUGUCUUUCAUAAUGAUUGUGAACGAUGGACAAAAUUCCCCCAAAAAGUGCAGAUCCCCUUUUAGCAAGCUUGGGCAACACUUUAUUUUGAAGGUGUCUACAUAAGUCACAAAACCGGGUCAUACACUAUAAUCAUGAGCAAUAAUGUUCCUUCCAAAGUGGCAUUAUGUUAAUGACACAUCCCAUGUCAUGGCUAUGACAGGCUUGUGUGACUCCUAUGCAGACACCUUUAAAAUUAAGUGUUACCCUACCUUAAGUUAAAAAAAAUUGCUUUAUUUCAUAUGCCAUAAUGUUAAAGGGGUCAAAUCAUGACCAUGUUGGCGAUUUUACUAUAGGUGGCCAGCGUAAUGAGGAGAUAUGAUUUAGGCCAAAAAAAACAAUACAACUGCCAUGGUUACAUCGCCCACCAAAAAGUCUUAAUAGCAUUUUAAUAUAUUAAAACAAUGCACUUUGUUUUUGUUGCAACAUACUAUACUGUUUCUCAAUCAAAAGUAAUCCGUGUGGUAAGAAACUGAAGUUAUUUCACGUUAUCGUGAAUACAGUGCAGCUCAUCUCUCGUUUUUUUGCAGAAUGCGUCCAGUAACUGAUCAUUUGAUUUAGCCUUAAAUAGAUUUUGGUUUCUUAUGGCUGUCUGUAGCUAUGCCAACAACAAAAAACACUUUUAAUAUUGUUGUCUCACUUAUUCCAACCACUACUUAAAACUGCUUUAUAUUGUAUAUUUGAAGAGUUCCUGCUUGCACCAAAUGUUUACAUUAUGCCAAAUGUCUAGUUGAAUUAUAUUAUUAUACAGUGUAAUUAUGCAUCAUGUCUUCUAAUAAAACUCUGUGAUGUGAUCGCGACAGUGGAGAAAUAUUACUGUACUUUAGUGUCGAAAUAUAUUUCCACAUGUUAGUAACGGGGGUCAAAAUCCACCAAGGACCACGGCCCGAAAUAUUGUGCUAUGUGUGUUGAUGAUGUGUCAGUGUAAUAAAUAGGCGAGCAUCAGCUGCCUCUAAGCACCAUGUGACUGCUGCGUUUUACAUUAGAUCAUACUUUCCUACACAUGAAUGAACUUGUUGCUGAUACAACGAAGGACGGCUGUUUUUAUUUUGUUUUGUUUUUGUUAAAUAAAAUGAGUGUGUCGGUUUACUGAUUAA